AUGGGUACUCCAGAAGAAAAACCUUUGAAAAAAGACAAAACUAUUAAAAAGAAAACCUUUAAAGAGAAGUUAGCGAGUAUUAAAGAAAAUAUAACUGUUGAACCGGUUCUGGCUUGUUACGUCGUGCCUUCAACUUUAGCAAAAUUGGCGACUCAAAAUCUAAGUUUGGACAAAGCUUGUCGUGUCAAUAUGGCGUAUGGUGACAAAAUUUGUGAUGCUCUUAUUGCCAGAAAAGGAAAUUUGUAUAUGAAAGAAGAAUUGGCAAUACAGGGGCUUAUAGCUCUAAUGGAAAGUUGGAAGAAUGUAUUGCUCACAGCCAUCCCAAGUGUUCUGAUUAUUUUCUUAGGAGCGUGGAGUGACAGAACGGGAAAGAGAAAAAUUUGUAUUCUGCUGCCACUUAUUGGGGAGUUGCUAAUGUGUUUAAGUAAUAUCUUAAACGCUUAUUUCUUCUAUGAGUUGCCUGUUGAAGUGACAAUGUUUUUUGAAGCUUUCUUUCCUGCUAUAACUGGAGGUUGGAUUACAACUUACAUGGGUGCAUUUGCAUACAUCAGCGAUGUUUCUAGUAAAGACUCAAGGACGUACAGAGUUGGAGUAGCUAAUUUAUGUUUGACAGCGGGUGGGCCAAUUGGAUCCGUUCUCAGUGGUGUACUAUUACAAAAAAUAGGAUAUUAUGGCGUGUUCUCUUUAUGUUCAUUUCUUUAUUUAUUCAGUAUAACGUACGGAUUUCUUUGUAUUAAAGAUCCUGAGAGAAUUGUGACUGAAAAGCAGAACCUGAACGAACCGUCCAGUGUACGGAGUUUUCUAAAAUCUUUUUUCGAUCUAAAACACGUGAAAGACACUGUACGGGUGACAUUCAAAAAUGGACCCAACAAAAGGAGGACAAAGUCCAUAUUGAUAUUGGCAUGCGUCGUGUUUAUAUAUGGCCCGGCUCACGGAGAAAACACAGUACGAUAUUUGUUUACUCGUUACUGCUUCAAUUGGGAUGCUCUAAAGUACAGCUUCUACAACACUUUUUAUAUCUGCAUUCACUCCCUAGGAGCAUUAAUCUCAAUCACCUUAUUUAGUCAUCGGCUAAAAUGGGACGAUUCGAUGCUGGGUAUUAUAUCCAACGUUAGCAAAAUAAUGGGAUCCAUUACAACUGGAAUAGCGCGCAACACUAAAGAUAUGUAUAUUGCGGUGGCAAUAGAGAUGUUCAACGCAACUUCUUUUACAGCGCUCCGCUCUAUAUCAUCCAAAUUGUGUACGAGUGACGAACUGGGUAAAAUGACAUCAUUUUUCAACCUGGUCGAAGUGGCAACAUCUAUGACCUUUGGUCCAAUUUACUCAAUGAUAUACCGAUAUACCAUCGUAAUUGAUCCCGGUAUUGUGUACUAUGUCAGCACUAUUUUAACGGUUCCACCUUUGGCAUUCUUUGUAUGGUUUCACAUGCAACACAAAAAAGCUCGUCGGGAGUCCAAGAAGUCUGGUGUAGAAGAUAACUUUACGGGAACAGAACUAGAGAUUAAGAAGAAAGAAGAUCAUUUAGUUCUUAAUAUUGAUCUGGAUCAUGAAAGAGUCAUUGUGGAAUAG